UGCGGAAAACGUAUUGAAGAGAAGUGUUAAACGGCAAGCAGAACUGAACGAAACGCAAACGAGCCCAAGGGACUACUUAGAAAAUCUAGAGUUGAUCUUUCACUGUAAAGUGUAAACCCAACAAUGGCGAGCGGGAUUCUCGUCGCCGUCUCUCUAUUCACAUCUCUUCUCGUCGCCAUCUCCACCAUCCUCGCCUCCCAUAUCCUAAACUCCCGCCGCCACCGGAAGAGGGCGGUCGGUUUCUUCCACCCAUACACCAACGACGGCGGCGGGGGAGAACGAGUCCUCUGGUGUGCCGUCAAAGCAAUACAGGAAGAAAUCCCCGAUCUCGAUUGCAUCGUCUACACCGGCGAUCACGACGCCUCCCCUCAAUCCCUCGCCGCCCGCGCCACCGACCGCUUCGGCGUCCAAUUGCUCCGGCCGCCGAAGGCGGUUCAUCUCUACAAGAGGAAAUGGGUCGAGGAAUCCACAUACCCUCGAUUCACCAUGAUCGGCCAGAGCUUGGGCUCGAUUCUGCUAUCCUGGGAAGCUCUAUCGAGCUUCACUCCUCUCUAUUACUUCGACACCAGCGGGUACGCUUUCACUUACCCGAUUGCCCGAUUAUUCGGAUGCAAAGUCAUCUGCUAUACCCAUUACCCCACGAUCAGCUUGGAUAUGAUCUCUCGCGUCCGUCGUCGGAGCUCCAUGUACAACAAUGACGCCUCCAUCGCUCGCAGUGGUUGGCUAUCCCGGUGUAAGCUAGUCUAUUACACGUUCUUCAGCUGGUUGUAUGGGUUUGUAGGGUCUUGUGCACAUUUAGCCAUGGUGAACUCUUCCUGGACACGGUCUCACAUCGAGAAGCUGUGGCGAAUUCCUGAUCGGAUUAAGCGAGUCUACCCACCUUGUGAUACUUCUGGGCUACAGUUUAGGACUAUAGCUUUAUUCCGGUACUACUUUCUUAGGUGCUUCCACUGGAAAGGCAAGCAGAAACUACUCCAGUAUUCAUCUCUGUUGCUCAGUUCCGCCCAGAGAAGGUGGGGAUAUUUGAGUGACAUUUGUGAGCUGAAGGCGCAUCCUCUGCAACUAGAGGCCUUCGCACUUGCCAUUACUAGGUUGGAUGCUAUGCUGCCAAGACCAAAGCUACAGUUUGUUGGUAGCUGUAGAAACAAAGCAGAUGAGGAGAGACUGCAGAAGUUGAAGGAUCAAGCUGUUGAACUGAAGGUAGAUGGGGAUGUGGAAUUUCAUAAGAACGUGAUGUACAGGGACUUAAUACAACUACUGGGAGGUGCAGUUGCAGGGUUGCAUUCUAUGACAGAUGAGCACUUCGGCAUUAGCGUAGUUGAAUACAUGGCUGCAGGAGCUAUACCAAUAGCACAUAACUCAGCUGGCCCGAAAAUGGACAUUGUUUUAGAAGAAGAAGGGGAGCAGACAGGGUUUCUGGCCGAGACAGUUGAAGAAUACGCAGACGCCAUAAUUAAAGUCAUAGAGAUGCCAGAAACUGAGAGGCUCAAGAUGGCUGGAGCCGCCAGGAGAAGGGCAGGCCAGUUUUCAGAGCAACGAUUUUAUGAAGAUCUCAAAGCGGCUGUUCGACCUGUACUCUGAAACUAACUCUUAACACAGUUGGAGAUAACGGAGGGAGUAGGAGUAGGUGAUCUUAACUGUAGUUGAAGCGAUUGAGUUAUUGUAUUUUGCAUCCUAUUUCGUCCCUCAUCUCCCUUUCCCCUUCUGCAAGCUAUUUGAUGAAGCAACCCCCUUCGAGUUGGAUAGCUUGUCUUACAUACUUUGUUGAACUGUAGAAACAGGAAAAGAAAGGAAAAUACCUGGAUAGUUGAAUUACACAUAACUUGCUUUUUCCCAUACCAUUAGGUUAAUCAUUCGAUUGGAGCCGAGCCC